UGCAAUCGGCGCAUCCACGACUAAAUAAGCUGUCUCGGUGUCUGUUAGUUGUUGCGGCAAGGUUGUCGUUACUAAUGGACAUUUAACUUCGAAUAUCGAUCAAAAUUGAUGAUCCCUUGUGAAUCUACAGGGGAGCAUCGAAACUUGGUCGUUUUUCAUUCGUUAUGUCGUGGUGUUGUCUAAAUGUUGUGAACUGUUGAAUUUCGAAAAGAACUAAUACCGUCAAACUGCAUCAUGAGCGGAAUAUGGAGAGAACAUUUAUUGGAAGCUACCAGUCCGGCUAUUAUGGAAAGUCUGGAGAGUAUGUGCAUUUGUAACAUGGCGAUACAUCAUUCCAACUGUGAACCGGAUUCUGUAAAUGGAAUUCCUGAAAAUGGUCUACGAGCAAAAUGUUGCUGCAGCCGAUCUAAGAGUUUUUUAUUGAUAGAUGGACGAGAAAAUCUUAAAGUUUCCAGCGCCGAACAAUUUGUAGAGAAAUUGAAUUGUAAAGAAAAAGAUGUCAAAGUUAAGGUGGUAUCCGUUUUUGGGAAUACAGGCGAUGGCAAGAGUCAUACGUUGAAUCAGACAUUCUUCAAAGGAGAGGAAGUAUUCAAAACUUCGAACGAGCAAAACUCUUGUACGUUAGGCGUGUGGGCAGCGUUCGAUCCGGUUUUUAAUGUGAUUUGUUUGGAUACAGAAGGUUUAUUAGGUGUUACUACUCACGAAAAAGAACAAACAAGGUUGUUGCUCAAAGUCCUCGCCGUAUCUGAUCUCGUAGUAUAUAGGACGCAAUCUGAAAGACUGAACAGGGAUUUGUUCACGUUUCUGGGUACAGCUUCGCGUGCGUAUAGUCACCAUUUUCAAGACGCGUUGCAAGCAGUGGGACAGAAGGAAGGCUUUCCGAAUUCCUCAAACGCAUUGGGACCAAGCAUUAUAAUAUUACACGAAACUAAAUACACCAAGCCUUUGAACAAUAAUGGUAUGGAAAAUGCCGAAGACAUUCUUCGUACCCAAUUCACUUGGAUGAAACUCAAAACGGAAGCGUUUAGUUCGAUAAAAUAUAUCGGCCUGCAGACAGCAAAUUUCGCUACUGAUUACGAACCCUUGCAGACUGCCAUUAAAAAAGAAAUAAAUAAUACAUCCGUACGAUCUGCCAGGCAGCCGCAUUUAAUUUAUAAUAUAUUGAAAAUUCUAAACGACAAGUUCUCUGGGAAGAUUGAACAUUUUUCCAACGCUUUAUUCCCCGAUCAGUAUUUUACGUGUCCCGUUAAAUGUCUUAGUUGUGGAUGUAGAUGCAGCAAUAGCAUGGGACACCUUCGCGAGGGAAAACCUCACAGCUGCAAUACAAGGUGCCGUUAUCAACAUCAGUAUGAAAAUCUAGUAUAUAUAUGUAAAACGUGUUACAGUAAUGGAAACGAAGUACAAGUUAUAAAAAAAAUUCAACCAGAGAAUGAUAGUAGUUGGUAUGGAUUAGUUAAGUAUGCAUGGUCCAGAGAUGUGAUAGAAUGUCCACAUUGUGGAGAGAUAUAUAGAAGUCGUCAGUAUUGGUACGGUAAUAAAAAUCCAGAAGACUUUGCCGUUCGCACAGAAAUUACACACGUAUGGAACAUGGCGAAUAAUUCGGCGGUAACGUCACAAAAUACAGCGCAAAAGGUAAUCGAUAGUGUGUCGUAUAUCACCGAAGCUGUAACUAAUGUUUCCUUGCAACCGACGAAGGUGCUCUCGGCAUGGGUCGCUGAUCAGGUAGCACCAUCUUAUUGGCGACCCAACAAUGAAAUAAAGCACUGCCACAAAUGUAAAAUUCUGUUCGGAACAACGGAUACGAAACAUCAUUGUCGCGCAUGCGGCGAAGGCUUUUGCUCGCAAUGUUCGUCUAAGAAGAAGUCCGUUCCAUCGAGGAACUGGCACACACCUGUACGAGUCUGUGAUGCGUGUUACAGCAAAGAUUCGAAUUCCAACGACGAAGCUACCGAGUAUACCGAGGACGUAAACGCCAGAAAAGUAUCAGAACAAGUAGUGUCUACUUUGAGCGCGGUUGGCACAGUUCUGAAUUACUCGAAAUCAUUAAUCAAGGAUACGGUUCGACCUUCCUACUGGGUCCCCGAUUCGGAGGCGGUUAGCUGUUGCAUAUGCGACAAACAAUUUUCCAUUGUACUUCCCCUACAUCACUGCAGAGAUUGUGGUCGCGGCGUAUGUCAAAAUUGUUCGAAACAUCGUCAGGCUGUUCCGCACAGGGGAUGGGAAUACCCUGUUCGAAUUUGCGACUCGUGCAGAAAAAUCAAUUGAGGGAAGGAGGACGAUAUACGACGAUAAAUUUGGCGUUGCAAAAUCGAUCGAAGUAAUAAUUUUAUUUUUCUCUUUCAAAUGUUGUUUAAGUUAACAACUCGUUCAUGUUACUAUCCGACGAAAUCUCUGUACAUGUUCGGUACGAUUUUUAUUACAUCCGCAACGUGUUUCGCGAUCGAACGAACCAAAAAUUAAUAGUUUAAUACAUUACUGUAAAAAAUUGUCCUAUGGAUUGUGCCAUACCAAUGUAAUUUACCUUUUCUGCGAAAACUGCAUUAAGAAGAAAAAAAGAAUGAAGCACUCGUCGUUAAGAUUACAAUACCAUACAGUAUAAAGUACACGGUACGGUACAGUAUAUGCGUAUAGUAACGGUAUAUUAUGGAAUCGUGAAAAAUUGUGCGAUAUGUUUUUCUUGACGAAGUGGGAUGAAACUGUCGCAUGUAACGCAGUUUAUUGGGCUGUGAUAGUCUUUAGAUUCCACGAAGAAAGCAUUUGCUGAUUCCUCUAUUAUAAUUUCCAGUACGUAUUACGAUUUUAUGUAAGUUAAAGAAAACAAUUAUUAUACUUUCCAGUAAAUGCUGUAAGUUAUUUUGGUUUAAAAU